UCUGGACGCGUGGCGGUGUUCACUCUCUGCAUGUGGAGUGAGGACAACCGGGAGAUCCGGAGGGAAAUCCACACGACCACGGGGAGAGAGAGAGAGAGACACCUGUCGCUUCCUCUGCAGAAUUGGUCUGAUGGAGCAAAGGCACUCGGCGCGGCUCGGUGCAAAAAGGCAACAAUGCGACCUGCGUGCCAACAGCACAGAUCGUACUGAACAUUUGACACAGCACCAGAGAACUCACACAGCAGAGAAACCCGUCAAGUGCAGUGUGUGUGGGAAAACGUUUGCACAGUCAUCUACUCUUGUAAAACACCAGAGAACACACACGGGAGAGAAACCCUUCAAGUGCAGUGUGUGUGGGAAGGCAUUUUCACAGUUAGCUACUCUUGUAGCACACCAGAGAACACACACGGGAGAGAAACCCUUCAAGUGCAGUGUGUGUGGGAAGGCAUUUUCACAGUCAACUAAUCUUGUAGCACACCAGAGAAUACACACGGGAGAGAAACCCUUCAGGUGCAGUGUGUGUGGGAAGGCGUUUGCACAGUCAUCUGCUCUUAACAAACACCAGACAACACACACGGGAGAGAAACCCUUCAAGUGCAGUGUGUGUGGGAAGGCAUUUUCACAUUCAGCUAAUCUUGUACCACACCAGAGAACACACACGGGAGAGAAACCCUUCAGCUGCACUCUGUGCGGGAAGUCGUUUGCACUUUCACCAAAUCUUCAAAGACACCAGAGAACACACAAGCAUCAGAAGAUCCACAAGGAGUGGAGUCUGAAAUCAGCUUGUGAAAGUCAAAGUGCCGCAAUGAGCCCAUCCCUCAUCAAACAAGAACCGGAAGAAAAUCCCAGCUUGGACACUUUUAAAGGUAUCGAGGUGAAAUGUGAAGAAGUGAUGGUGAAGAGUGAAGAAGUGAUUAUGAAGAGUGAAGAAGUGAAGGUAAAAUGUGAAGAUAAAGAUACAACUCCAAAAUCGGACCUUCACAUCGAUGGAGGCAACGUGAAGCAGGAGGAGACUUCUGACUGCGCGGCAGAGCGAGGCAACUCCCAGCAGUUUGUGGAAGUGGAGGUGUGGGUGGACUUCCUCCGAGACAAUACAAAGUCAAAUGGAGACCCGGGAGAUGUGUAAGCUUGAGACGAUGUUGCUCCAAUAGAUGCACCUUUUGUCACAGACCUUUAAUGACAAGAAAUAAGUUGAACACUCAAUUCCUAGGUUCAACUUGCAGGGUAAGAGCGGCCAGUCUUUAUGGACCUGUGGGUUGGGUAGAUCUCUAACCAGGAGCGAGAGCCAAUAAGCUCCCAAGCAUUCACUUUGUUCUAAUAAUUCAUUUACUAGCAGUCGCCGCCCGCUUCGCGGGCGGUGUGUAUAUGCUUGGUUGGUGGGGAGUUGAAAGUGGCUGGACACAAUAGACAUGUUUUGGUGAUUGUUUUAUGUUUUUAGAUUUGAAGCUUUCGUGACUGC